UUUGCAGAAAUAUACAUCCCAAAAUUGAUGAUAAUGAAAAUACAGAAGAAAGAAAAACAGCUGGCGCAUUUUAAAGUGCUGACUCACUCCCCAAUGUCUGAUGCGUCCAUUACCUUCGAAUGCAAGCCACAGUCCCCUUUUGUCAAUAGCACAGAUCAGGAAGAUCUGCAUGACCUUGUGACAAUCUCCGAUUUGGCCAGCGUGAGCCUGGCCCAGACGGACCAGCCAAAUGUGGUACCUGAUGUGGUACCCGAUGAGAUUGUGCAGAACCUGGUGACCUCCCAUAAUGGGGUAGUGGAUGAUGGAGGUGGGGGCACUGGGGUGAAGAAGAAACGGAAGAAAAAAGAGGCAGGGCAGCAGGAGCUGAGUAGUGAAAGAGAAGCAAAACCAAAGAGAAAGAGAGAGCCUAAGGAACCAAAAGAACCCAAAAAGCCCAAGAAGCCUAAGGAGCCUAAACUGGAGGCCAUCAAGAAACCCCGGAAGCCACGGGAGGCCAAAGUCCCAAAGGAGCCUAAAGAAAAGAAGAGCAGCUCGGACUCUCCCCCCAAAGCAAGGCCCAAGAAGUCUAGCACGGAGCAAGGACCAACUCCUGUUGAGAAGAAGAAAAAAGGGAAGAGGAAACAUGACACUCCAGUGGAAAGCCUAGAGCUAGAUCAAAACCUCCUUUCGUUGUCUGGGCAGAGCCCUGAGGAGUCUGCUGAAUUGACUGAUAGCCAGAAGCGCCGCUCUGGACGCCAAGUGAAGCGCAGGAAGUACAACGAAGACCUGGAUUUCAAGGUGGUGGAUGAUGAUGGAGAAACAAUAGCUGUGCUGGGAGCUGGCCGGGCUUCGGCACUCUCUGCAUCUACCUUGGCCUGGCAGGCAGAGGAGCCUCCUGAGGAUGAUGCCAACAUCAUCGAGAAAAUCCUGGCCUCCAGAAUGGUGCAGAAAGAGACUCACCCUGGAGGACCAACUUACGAACAGGAGGAGUUCUACGUAAAAUAUCGUAAUUUUUCUUACUUGCACUGUAAAUGGGCCACAAUGGAGGAGCUGGAGAAGGAUCCGCGUAUCUCCCAGAAGAUAAAGCGCUUCCGCAACAAGCAGGCACAGAUGAAGCACAUUUUUACUGAGCCGGAUGAAGACCUGUUUAACCCAGACUAUGUGGAAGUCGACAGAAUCUUAGAGGUGGCUCACACGAAAGACGCCGACACUGGGGAGGAGGUGACUCACUACCUGGUAAAGUGGUGUUCGUUGCCUUAUGAGGAAAGCACUUGGGAACUGGAAGAAGAUGUUGACCCAGGGAAGAUCAAAGAGUUUGAAUCUCUGCAAAUCCCACCAGAGAUCAAACCCUUGGAGCGCCCUGCUUCUGAGUCCUGGCAAAAGUUGGGGAAGUCUCGAGAUUAUAAAAACAACAACCAGUUACGGGAGUACCAGCUGGAGGGAAUGAAUUGGCUGCUGUUUAACUGGUACAACAGGAAGAACUGCAUCCUGGCUGAUGAAAUGGGUCUUGGGAAGACAAUUCAGUCAAUUACAUUCCUCUCUGAGAUUUUCCUGAUGGGCCUUCGGGGUCCAUUUCUCAUAAUUGCUCCACUUUCAACCAUCACAAAUUGGGAGCGGGAGUUCCGCACAUGGACUGAGAUGAAUGCCAUUGUGUACCAUGGCAGCCAAAUCAGCCGCCAGAUGAUCCAGCAGUAUGAAAUGGUGUACCGUGACUCACAGGGCAGCCCUCUUCAAGGGCUCUUUAAGUUCCACGUGGUCAUCACUACCUUUGAGAUGAUCCUUGCUGACUGUCCUGAGCUGAAGAAAAUCCAGUGGCGCUGUGUGAUCAUUGAUGAGGCCCAUCGGCUCAAAAAUAGAAACUGCAAGUUGCUGGAAGGACUGAAGCUGAUGAAUCUGGAACACAAAGUGCUACUGACUGGGACGCCCCUGCAGAACUCUGUGGAGGAGCUCUUCAGCCUACUCAACUUCCUGGAGCCACAGCAGUUCCCAUCUGAGACUGCCUUCCUGGAAGAGUUUGGGGACCUCAAGACAGAGGAGCAGGUUAAGAAACUCCAGUCCCUCCUGAAACCCAUGAUGCUGCGACGUCUGAAGGAUGAUGUGGAGAAGAAUCUGGCGCCCAAGCAAGAGACCAUCAUUGAGGUAGAGCUGACCAACAUCCAGAAGAAAUAUUACCGGGCUAUCCUGGAGAAGAAUUUCACCUUCCUGUCCAAGGGUGCUAAUCAGCACAACAUGCCCAACCUCAUCAAUACCAUGAUGGAGCUGCGCAAGUGCUGCAACCACCCCUACCUCAUCAAUGGGGCAGAGGAGAAGAUUCUAGAAGAUUUUCGUAAAACACACAGCCCAGACGCUCUUGACUUCCAGUUGCAGGCAAUGAUCCAGGCAGCAGGCAAGCUGGUGCUGAUUGAUAAGCUGCUACCAAAGCUGAUCGCAGGCGGGCACAAGGUGCUGAUCUUCUCCCAGAUGGUGCGCUGUCUUGAUAUCCUGGAGGAUUAUCUCAUCCAGAGGCGAUACACGUAUGAGCGCAUUGACGGACGAGUGCGUGGGAAUUUACGCCAGGCUGCCAUUGAUCGCUUCUGCAAGCCAGAUUCAGACCGCUUUGUCUUCUUGCUCUGCACGAGGGCAGGGGGCCUGGGCAUCAAUCUCACUGCUGCUGACACCUGCAUCAUCUUUGACUCGGAUUGGAAUCCCCAAAACGACCUGCAGGCUCAGGCUCGCUGUCACCGAAUAGGGCAAAGCAAGGCAGUGAAGGUCUAUCGCCUUAUCACUAGGAAUUCCUACGAGCGUGAGAUGUUUGACAAAGCCAGCUUGAAGCUAGGUUUGGACAAAGCAGUGCUACAGGACAUCAACCGUAAAGGCAGCAACAAUGGGGUUCAGCAGCUCUCUAAGAUGGAGGUUGAAGAUUUGUUGCGAAAGGGAGCUUAUGGGGCACUAAUGGAUGAGGAAGAUGAAGGCUCCAAAUUCUGUGAGGAAGAUAUUGAUCAAAUCCUGCAACGGAGAACCCAGACAAUCACUAUUCAGACUGAGGGGAAGGGCUCUACAUUUGCCAAGGCUAGCUUUGUUGCUUCUGGGAACCGCACUGACAUUUCAUUAGAUGAUCCCAACUUCUGGCAGAAAUGGGCAAAAAUAGCAGAACUGGAUACAGAUGCAAAAAAUGAAAAGGAGAGCCUAGUGAUUGACAGGCCGCGUGUCCGUAAGCAGACCAAGCACUACAAUUCAUUUGAGGAGGAUGAGCUUAUGGAGUUUUCCGAGCUAGACAGUGAUUCUGAUGAGCGGCCCACACGCUCCCGGCGUCUCAAUGAGAAAACACGGCGCUACUUGCGAGCAGAAUGUUUCCGUGUGGAGAAGAACCUGCUUAUAUUUGGCUGGGGACGCUGGAAAGACAUCUUGACUCAUGGCCGAUUUAAAUGGCAUCUGAAUGAAAAAGACAUGGAAAUGAUCUGUCGAGCACUCCUAGUCUACUGUGUCAAACAUUAUAAGGGGGAUGAGAAGAUUAAAAGUUUUAUCUGGGAUUUGAUUACCCCCACAAAGGAUGGACAGAACCAGGCCCUGCAGAACCACUCAGGCUUAUCAGCACCGGUGCCAAGAGGAAGGAAAGGAAAGAAAACAAAGAACCAGAUUCUACUUCCUGAGAUCAAGAAUGCAGACUGGCUUGCCACCUGCAAUCCUGAAAUUGUACUACAUGAUGACAGCUACAAAAAGCACCUAAAGCAACAUUGCAACAAGGUGCUGUUGCGGGUGCGAAUGCUGUACUACUUGAAGGCUGAAGUGCUGGGGGAGGCAGCUGACAAGGCCUUUGAAGGAACCUCUGCCAAAGAUCUGGAUUUCAUGCUACCAGAGAUCGACUACGUGGAGAUCCCUGUGGAUUGGUGGAAUGCUGAGGCAGAUAAAUCCCUGCUCAUUGGAGUUUUCAAACAUGGUUAUGAACGGUACAAUGCCAUGCGAGCUGACCCAGCCCUGUGCUUUCUUGAGAAGGUAGGCAUGCCAGAUGAGAAGCUGCUGUCUGCGGAGCAGAGUGUCAUUGAUGGAGUGCAAGAGGCUCCAGAGAGAGGCAACAUAGACAAAGAUGAGGGCAGUGCAGGCAAGGUGGAUGGGCUGCAGAAAGAGGAGGAGGCUUCAGAGUGUAGUGGUGAAACUACUGAGAAGAAGGAUGAUAGUGUGGCAGCCCAGGAUGGCUCCGACCCAGACAAAUCCACCUGGCCUGUGUCAUCUGCCCUGACAGCCAGACUGCGGCGUCUUGUUACUGUCUAUCAGCGUUGCAACCGUAAAGAGUUGCCAUCCAGACCUGAAAUCAUGGGGCCUUGUAACCAUGGCUAUUGGCUGCAAGAGGAGAUGUUCAGGAGAGCCAAUGAGGUGGAUUCGGUGAACAAAGAAUUGCAAAAAAGAUGGACCAGAAGAGAACAAGCAGAUUUCUACCGCACUGUCUCCUCAUUUGGAAUAAUCUAUGAUCCAGAAAAGAAGAUCUUUGACUGGACUCAAUUCCGAUCUAUUUCACGUUUGGAGAAGAAAACUGAUGAGAGCCUAGAAAAAUAUUUCUACAGCUUUGUUGCCAUGUGUAAGAAUGUUUGUCGUUUGCCCCACUGGAAGGAUGAUGGCCCAGCAGAUCCCAGUAUCUAUGUGGAACCAAUCACAGAAGAGCGGGCUGCAAGGACAUUGUAUCGAAUUGAGCUUCUGAGGAAGGUCCGAGAGCAAGUGUUGAGGUGUCCACAGCUGCACGAACGGCUCAAGCUUUGUCGUCCAAGCUUGUAUCUUCCUGUGUGGUGGGAAUGUGGUAAACACGACCGGGAUCUGCUGAUAGGUACAGCUAAACAUGGGCUGAACCGCACAGACUAUUUCAUCAUGAAUGACCCUCAGCUGUCAUUUUUAGAUGCCUACAGAAAUUAUGCUCAGCACAAAAGGACUGAGGUUAUUGGAGCAGGGAACUUGUGCUGCCAUCAUCAGGCAAACUCUAAACUGUACUGUUCCCCUUCGUACAGUCAAGUGGAGCGAAAGCUUGAACCUGCAGAGACCGAAACUGAGAGCUGUGUCAAGCUAGUGGGCGCAGGAGAUGGCCUUUCACGGACAGAAAGCAUCUCCCAGGAUGGGAGCUGUGAAACCUUCAUGUCUAAAGUCCGUGGUCUGAUGCCGAUUAACUUUGACGAGAGCUCUUUGCCCGACUCUCUGAUGUGCUUGAUGUACGACGAGAAGGCCUGCAACAGUGAGCACAGUUCCCUCGCCCGUGACAGCCCAUGCUGCACAGACGUCAGCAGCAAUGCUACCAAAAUGGCUGAGGGCAAAAUAGAUGGAGAUGAAGACCUGUCUAGCUGUGAUGCUGAUACUACCAGAGACCCCUCCUAUCUCGAUCAUUUGCAACUCAGCAGUGACCAACUGGAGAGUCAAAGUGCAGCACGGGAGCCUUUAGCCAAGGAAGCAAAGUCCUCUGAAAUCCUUUCUGCGGAACCCUCUGAAGCUCUCCAGCACAUGGGGAGUCAAUAUGCUAGCCCAGGAUCAGUACCAUUUGAAAGAGACGGCAUGGAAGGGGUCCUGAGUAUAGGAAUGUACAGCCCCAGCCUUCACAAUUUUGAUAUCAAAGUCCAUCCUGAGAAGAGGUUUCUGAGUUUGUUGCAUGAGAAGGGCUUGGAGGAGAAAUCAGUGCAGAGCCAAAGCCACAGUGAGGAAGAGGAAGAGGAGGAAGAGGAGGAGGAAGAGGAAGACCAUUUGGAGACAGCAGCUGACUCUGUGGGAGGUUUUAGAAGCUGUCUGAAUUCCUCGGAUGGUGGGGAAGCCAGAACCGUUGCACCAGAGGGACAGAAGGAGAGUCCCUGCAUUCUCACCAGCCUGGAUGCAUUCAUAGAAGAAAGGAAUAAGGAGCUGGUUGAAUCAGUCUCGAGUGAGCAAGCAGCAUCUAAAUGUGAUAGUGAGCCAGGGGCUGGAGAGGAUGACCAGGCCGAAUGUGAGAGCCUCGAGGAACACAUCCCAGCCUUGCAGGAGAUCCAGGCCUGCCGCCACCACCACCACCACCACUCUGCACGAAGCAAGGCUUCAGCAGUUCAAAUGGAGCUGCUUAAGCCGCAUUCUGUGUGCAUGGAGGCGGACCCCUGGGGAGAUGACACCGAGGGGAAGGGAGAUAGUCCUGCUGCUCAGCCCUUCUGUAGGAGUGAAAUAAAGAGAGAGGAGGAGGAGUGUGAGAACCAAGACCUAGAGAAAAGGGAUGGAAUCAGCCAAAAUCAAGAUUGUUAUGAGAAGCUUUCCGAAGAUGAAAGUAAGAGCUCCAUGUUUGCUGUGCCUGAAGAGAGUGAUGAACUUCAGGAUGUCCGGGCACCUACCAUAGCUCAGCUGUUGCAAGAGAAGACACUCUACUCUUUCUCAGAAUGGCCUAAGGAUCGUGUGAUCAUCAAUCGAAUUGACAACAUCUGUCAUGCCAUCUUAAAGGGCAAGUGGCCUUCUUCCAGCCAGCCAUUUGAAAUACACAGUGUAAUGCCUGCUGCUGUGUUAGCCAGUAGUACUGGCAACAGGAACAACUACUCUGAGGCAGAAGCCUCAGAGUCCAGCUUUAGCAAUGGAGUGAUAGCAGCACAGGUCCAAAAGGAAGGUUUCUUAGCUCCCACAUUUGUUAAAGAGGAACACAAGCACCGACGACCAUAUGAAUUUGAGAUGGAAAGAGAUGCCAAGCAGCGGAGCCUGGAACAGCUGGUUGCAUCUCAUCCCCAUCCUAUUGUGUUGAAUGGCUGGCGGGAUGCAGCUGUGGAUCUUUCAAGAGUGCCUGAUGGAUCGCCAGGAAGUGGUUCUCCUUUCUCUCUGAGCACAAGUAUACCUAAAUUAGGAACAGUGAAUGCUCUGCAAGGCUCUCUGGGCAUGGACUUGUCUGGUAUCCUUCAGGCAGGAUUAAUCCAUCCUGUCACAGGACAGAUUGUCAACGGGAGUCUACGAAGGGAUGACACCGCCAUGAGGAGGAGGCGGGGCAGGAGAAAAAAUGUGGAAGGGAUAGACCUGAUAUUUUUGAAGGAGAGGAGCCUCCAGACAGGACUGCCAGAAGAUCAAGCCCAGACUGUACCAAGUAAUCUGAACCCUGAUGGCCCAGCCAUCUCUACCUCAACUCAGCAGACAGUCCCAGGCCCUAACGUCCAGGCAGAGAAGAUUGUUCCGAACAAGACUCUUCUGGACUGGUUGAGACAGCAGUCUGAUUACACUCUUGAAAUCCCUGGCUUUGGCACAAAUUUUUCAGAGAAGCCUAAACAGAGGAGGCAGCGUUGUAAGGACCCCAGCAAACUGGACAUAAAUUCUCUGACGGGGGAGGAGCGAGUGCCUGUGGUCCACAAGGGUACGGGACGAAGGUUAGGAGGAGCCAUGGCACCAGCAUUGAAGGAACUGCCAAGAUGGCUUGAUGCUAACAUGGAAUAUGCUGUUGCAGCUGACUGGUCUGACAUUGUUAAACUUUCAGGGUUUUUACCUGAAAACAAGUUUAAUCGUAUUCUUACAGAGCCUGUACUCCGAGAUGCUGGGCCUCGGCGGAGAGGCAGAAGGCCAAGAAGCGAACUUUUCAAAGCUCCUGGCAUAGUAGCUGAUGCUUCUUCUGGAAUGGGACCAUUAUUCAUGAAUGGACUUAUUGCUGGAAUGGAUUUAGUAGGACUUCAGAAUAUGAGAAACAUGCAAGGCAUUCCUUUAGCUGGGCUGGUUGGAUUUCCUGCUGGAUUUGCAGCAGUACCUGCUGGUGAGGAUGUUAAAAAUGCUCUGAGUAUGUUGCCAAUGAUGCUGCCUGGCAUGGCCGCUGUACCACAAAUGUUUGGUGUUGGAGGACUUCUCAGUCCAUCACUGACAACUACAUGUGCUUCAACGGCUCCAACUUCAUUAGCAAGCACAACUAAAAGUGGUACAUCACAUACAGAAAAGGAUGCUGAAGACAAACAGAGUGGCCAAGGUGCAAAACCAGAAACUCUUUCUGAAGACAAGUCUGGCCCUAGUUCAUUUUCUGAUCAGUCAGAACCUGCAAUAACUACCAGUAGUCCUGUAGCUUUUAAUCCGUUUCUUAUUCCAGGAAUGUCAUCUGGACUGAUCUACCCCUCAAUGUUUCUUUCUCCUGGCAUUGGCAUGGCAUUGCCAGGUCUUCAGCAAACUAGACAUUCAGAUGCAGCAAACCUAGAAACCCAGAAGCGGAAAAGAAAGAAAACUAAAGGGGAACUAUCAAACCCAGAACCAGAAACUCUCUUGUUAUCUGAAAAGGAACACGCAAACAAUCAAAACUGUACAGAACAAAUACCAUCUGUGUCAACAGAGAACGAACAUGAUGAACCAGCAGAGGAGGAGGAAGAGGAGGAAAAGUUAAAAGAUAUUAAAGAUACCAAUUAGAACUUUUGUUUAUUUCUGGGGGAAAAAUAUUGUGGCUUGUAAGUUUCUCAUCCCAUUAAUAUUUGUUAUGGCCCUCUGUCUCCACUUCGCCUUCAUUAAAACCUGUGUUUCUAUAAGUAAUAUUAUCUACCUAAUGCCUGGUAAGAAAACUAUGUGACAUGUUAGUAGUUGCAAGGUCUUGCCAUAUAGAUAAGCAGUGUUCUAUAAUUAGUAUUGGAGGCACAGAAUUUUUGUUCAGUUGUCCAGCUGUUCAUCUUUUCCCCUUCCCCCCAUAAUAAGUACUUGAUCACCCCCAAAACUGCUUGCUUGUUUGAGGGGGGGGAAUCAGAGAAAAAGAAAGUGCUUCUCUCCUGAUGUAAACACAAAAGAACACAGGAAAAGGUAGAUGUUUUUACAAUGACACUGAAUUUAAAAAAAAUCUUGUAUUUUGGGGUAAAAAGCACAGUUAUAGUAAGUGCUAAUGUGUAUUUUUUGAUUUAAAGUAUUUCCCUAUUUUAUCAUGGUUACUAGAAUAGUAGUAUAGACAGAAGUAUAUAACUAAUGAUUGAAAAUGCAUAUAUUCAUUUCUUUUUUU